UUGUAGCAGUUACCCUAUGUACGUUGACAUCAGCUUGGUCAUAGAUUCUUAAAAUGGACACAGAUUAUGCAGAACAAACAUCACCAUAGAAAGGGAGUUCCUGCUCUUCAGUGCCGAGCUCCGCUACACCGAGGAUGUUCCCCAGCCUGGCCCACAGACCAUGGCAUGUCUUCUGCAGGGUCUCCUUGCAGCACAGGGUGUCCCUGUCACAACGGACCCCGAGCCCGAGGUUCCCCCAGCUGUGCUACGGUUGGCAGAGCGGAGGCAUACACACCCUGUGGUUCAGCCUUCCGGACUGCAGAGUUGCUUCUUUAGGUCCGGGCAAGGUGCAGUUCUACUCUACCUCUGGCAACAGUAAGGAUGGUCCUCCAAAAUCAGCAUCAGGUGAUGCUCCAUCAGCAGAAAAGUCCGGUGCUGCAAAAGCCACCCCAUCCUCAUUAGGUUUCAUGCCUCAGGGUCUGACUAAAGCUGAGACAAUUCAAGUGAAAGUUCGGGCAGUCCUGAAGAAAAGGGAAUAUGGACCCAAGUACACUCAGAACAACUUCAUCACUGCAGUCAGAGCCAUGAAUGAAUUCUGCCUCAAACCAAGCGAUCUGGAGCAACUUCGGAAGAUCCGAAGACGCAGCCCCCACGAUGACACAGAGGCUUUCACUGUGUUCUUGCGAUCAGACGUCGAGGCCAAAGCACUAGACGUGUGGGGAAGCCAUGAAGCUCUGGCUCGAGAGAGAAAACUCAGGAAAGAGGUGGAGAGAGAGUACCAAGAGAACAUUUUUCGGAAUCAACAGUUAUUGAAAGAAUACAAAGACUUCUGGGGAAACACCAAGCCUCGAUCAGGCAAGAGGGCAACAUUUCUGCAAGGGCCAGGAAAGGUGGUCAUGGUCGCUAUUUGCAUCAAUGGGCUGAAUUUCUUCUUCAAACUCCUGGCAUGGGUCUACACUGGAUCAGCCAGCAUGUUCUCCGAGGCCAUCCACUCUCUGGCUGACACCUGCAACCAGGGUCUGCUCGCCCUGGGAAUCAGCCAGUCUGUCCGCAACCCGGACGCAGUGCACCCGUAUGGAUUCUCCAACAUGCGCUACAUCGCCUCCCUCAUCAGUGGUGUGGGUAUUUUUAUGAUGGGAGCAGGCCUCUCUUGGUACCAUGGUAUCAUGGGAUUGCUGCACCCGGAGCCCAUUGAAUCACUGUUAUGGGCUUACUGUAUUUUGGCAGGUUCUCUGGUGUCUGAAGGAGCCACGUUACUAGUAGCCGUCAAUGAGAUAAGGAAGAGUGCCCACCAGCAUGAAUUGUCUUUUUAUGAAUAUGUAAUGCAGAGUCGAGACCCCAGUACUAACGUGGUGCUGCUGGAGGACGCAGCUGCUGUAUUAGGAGUCAUCCUGGCUGCUAGCUGCAUGGGGCUCACCUCACUCACUGGUAACCCGUACUAUGACAGCUUGGGCUCUCUUGGUGUGGGCACACUGCUGGGAGCCGUCUCAGCCUUCCUCAUCUAUACUAACACAGAGGCCCUGAUUGGACGCUCCAUACAGGCUGAACGUGUACAGAAGCUUACAGAGUUCCUGGAAAACGACCCCGCUGUAAGGGCCAUCCACGACGUGAAGGCCACUGAUAUGGGACUGAGUAAAGUGCGCUUCAAGGCUGAAGUUGACUUUGACGGCCGAGUCGUGACACGGUCAUAUCUGGAAAAACAAGACAUUGACCAAAUCCUUAAUGACAUUCAGCAGGUGAAGACCCCCGAGGAGCUGGAGAACUUCAUGCUGAAACACGGGGAGAACAUCAUUGACACCCUGGGAGCUGAGGUGGACCGUUUGGAGAAAGAACUCAAGCAACGUAACCCAGAGGUUCGUCACGUGGACUUGGAGAUACUAUAAUACUUCCUGGUCUCUGCUGAGGGCACAUCCUGCUGCAUCAAGAAGAAAAGGUGAGAGGAGGACUGAGUCCACCUCCACAAUCUGCCUCCCAUCCUGACCUCUUCAAAACAAGGAUCCGUCUCUGCGCAAAGUCAUCAAGUCUUACUGUAGAAUAGUCCAGAAUCUCACACAAGGACAAUGUCUGAGCAAUGAUCGGCUUGUCUUUGUGUUGCUUAAACUUCAUGUAGCGAUAAACAAGAGUUCAACCUGCCAGAGAUCCACUCACACACAUUCAAGUGUGAGUGUUUCUGGCUAAAGACUAAAGACUCUCAGUAGUCUCCUUGAAUUUGAAGAGAAAUUAAAAUCUGUGUUGCAGUUCACACAGAUACAACAGUUUAGUCCUCUGGUUGUUUGCUUGAACUCACAUUCCUCCAUGAAUGUGUCUGGAUUUGGUUGAAAACAUGUCUGCUUCAAAAAACAAGAUCACACAAAAGGACCAGUAUCACUAACUAUACUUGUACUUUACUUUAAUGUUAUGCUUGAACCACAGUGAUAGUGUUGCCUUCAUUAGUACAAAGGAAACCUGAGAGCUACAUAUUCAAACUAGACUUAUUUAAUUGCUAGACAAUAAUAGAUUUUUUUUUCUUUUAAUGUAAAAAGUGAGGAGCUUAAGAUGGCACGAUGCUGCUGCAGCUUCUCUAAUAAAGAGAAUUUGUGAUGAAUAGAUUUUAUUGCGAUUACAGAAAAAAAAAUGCAAAGUAAAAGGUGUUGUUAAGACUUAUUUGAUUUGUAUGAUAGAGCUGAGGAGUGAACUGAUGUUUAAUACAGUAGCACUUAAGGAGCAUCAGCUUAUGCAAAAAAAAAAAAAGAAAAACCUAUUAGAAAACAGGUUGUCAUAUUCCUGUGAUAUUACAAA